AUGCUGAGACCACAACAACAAAAAUGGUUUUACAAAUCAUUUCUAUCCAGAAAAUAUCUUAGUAUACUAUCAAAAUUGCAAAUGAGUUUCCCCAAUAAGAAAGUUAUUGAAAAUAAAUUCCACUUUGAAGAAGUUACUACAUCUAUUAAUGACGCAUUAACUAAAUAUAAAUCUUUCUUAAACGAUACAACGAAAAAUUCAUUUGUGAUCAAUGGAUGGAUUGACUCCCCUGUAAAAAAAAUUGGUAACAAGUUAUAUUUUGCUACUUUAAGAGACCCAUAUGGAACUAGAAUCCAAUUAGUGGACAAACACGAGCCAUCUCUCUUAAAAGCAUGUAAUAGUGUAGAGAGUUGUGUACAGAUCAAAGGUCAACUGAGUCUAAAGAAACAACCUAAAAAAAAAUCCAACUAA